AGGUGGCCACACCACGUUCCCCUCACUGCACUGACGGGCUUGUGCUGGGCAGGACGUGGUGCAGGACCCAGAAGCCGCGCGUGGCCGUGGGUGCCCACGCACACAUCAGGGACCAUGAGUCUGGCAAGCGAUGGGGGUACACUGGAAAGCGUCUUUGACCUGGACUACGCUUCCUGGAGCAUCCGGGCCACACUGGUGGCUGCUGGCUUCACCUUUUAUGUGGGCGUCUUUUUGGUCUGCCACCAGCUGUCUUCAUCACUGAAUGCCACUUACCGCUCUCUGGUGGCCAAGGAGCAGGUCUUCUGGAACCUGGCAGCCACACGUGCUGUGUUUGGGGUGCAGAGCAGCGCUGCGGGCCUUUGGGCUUUGCUGCUGGACCCCUUGCUGCAGGCUGACAAGGCACGUGGCCAGCAGAACUGGUGCUGGUUCCACGUCACGACCGCCACAGGAUUCUUCCUCUUUGAAAACGUUGCCGUCCAUUUAUCCAGCUUCUUCUUCCGGAACUUUGACGUGUUCCUAGUUAUCCACCAUCUCUUCGCCUUUCUGGGGUUUCUCGGCUCCACGGUCAACCUCCAAGCUGGCCACUACCUGGCCAUGACCACGCUGCUCCUGGAGAUGAGCACACCCUUCACCUGCAUUUCCUGGAUGCUCCUGAAGGCUGGCUGGGCUGACUCAUGGCUCUGGAAGCUGAACCAGUGGCUGAUGAUCCAUAUGUUCCACUGCCGCAUGGUGCUGACCUACCACAUGUGGUGGGUGUGCUUCCAGCACUGGGAAGGGCUCCGCAAGACCCUGUACACGCCGCACCUGCUGCUCUUCCUCGUUGGCCUGGCCCUCCUCACAGCCGUGCUCAACCCCUACUGGACGAACAAGAAAACACAGCAGCUCCUCAACCCCGUGGACUGGAACUUUGCCCACCCAGAGCCCAGCCGCCAGCCUGACAGGAUCAAUGGGCUCCCGAGGAAGGAGCAGUAGCACUUGGAUGGACGGGGCCCUGCCCGCCCUGCCCGACAUGGCCCUCCU